AUGCGUCGAUCGUCCGGCUUUGCCCCAGCACGCCGAUCAGCACCGCCCGGCCCUGCGCCUCUCCGCUGCGGCCGGCGAGUCCGGUCAGGUCGCGGCUUAGAUCGUCGGCGGCAUCGCGAACGCCGCCAUCGACGGUCGGUUCGACAACGACCCCGAGCCGGCACCCCGUCCUCGAUCAGCGUCAUCGCGCCCCUCGACGCUUUCCCGCAGAUCGCGACCAGUCCGGUACAGGCCGAUGCCGGGCUCGAGGCCAAUAUGCCGACCGCUGCCGCUAUCAGGCCAAUUCCUCGGAUCGUCAAACGCCGUCAGGACGAUGAAUCGAUUGCUGCAUGA